AUGCCUACUUCCCCAAACCUAGUCACGCUUCCGGGUGAGGUCAGGGACGAGGUUUACGGCCAUUACUUCAGAGUUGAAGGCGGAUAUGUCUUCGACAGUAAUUCUGAGAAGCUCACCGCUGUGGACGGCGGGCCCAUCCAUCUUUCCUUGAUCCAGACAUGCCGGUCUAUCGCAAAUGACACCAGACAUCUACCUUUCAGACUGAACGACAUCUCAUUCUCGACACUCUGCUCACCCAAAUGGAGUGCUUGGGCUGGUCGCUACCAGUACCAAUCGAACUUUCUUGCCAUCCUGAAAGGAGAUAUGCUUUAUCAACUUCAAGGUCGUCACAUGUCUCCUGAUUUGGAAGCCGCGUUGGAACAAAAGUUCCCAAGGCUCAUGCCAGACUUCAAAAACCGCCUUGAGAGGGAGUAUCGUCCAUCUAUUCAAUACAGUCGCCGCAAUAGCAAUGCUCUUAGAUAUUCUAAGGACUUUGUGGACGACAGGGUGGCCGUUGAUAGCCGCUUUAGUCAGAUAAGGAAAUGGGGCGAGGAUGUGACUAUGUCAAGGGAAGCUAUCGCAUUCAGUCUCCGGUUUGUAGCAAAGAGCCAACGCCCCAAACUCGCCAAGCUGAUCGAAGAAAUAUUGCCUGGUUGGACACUCGAUCAUGAUCCUCAAGAGCUCCUUGAUCUGACUUUGGAUCCCUGGGAUAUUCCCUCCAAGAAGACUCUCUGGCGGAUUGGGCAAAUUCUCAGGGACGACUAUGCAUGGGAGCACAUUCACAAGUGGCACCAUGGAUUUCGCGAAAAGUAUCGCUUUUCUGCGGCGGCAGUGGCAAUCCGAUUUCUUCGUGAACUGUCCGCUGAGCAGAGGCAACAUCUACGACAUGUCACCCUCGUGGAAGAUGCAUAUGCCGUUUGUUCCUCAUCAUGUCAUGCCAUGGGUCUUGUUGACAUCUGCAAGGAGAAUCCAAAACUUCAGAUUCGACGUCAUGUCAAAUUAUACCGCAGCCCAGCAGCAUCUUUCGGCAGGGCCCUGAUAACUCUGACAUAUUCCGAUCUAUCAAGGCUUCCUUCUCGAAAUACCCGCUCUGACUUUGUCACUCCUCUCGUUAUGGCUUCUGAGAUUGCUCAAUGGUUGAAAGAGGCAGCUUUUCUGCCACAUGCUGGAAUGCCGCCGAACUCAUUCACGCUAUUCCUAGAUGGAGAACCACACAAAGCCUUCUAUACUAGGGUGUUUGAGAGCGUCCUGCUGCUAGGUGAAGGCCUUACUCAAGCGUAUGGAAAGCUCCUUCAGAUGCGACCUCACCAAUUCCAGGAAAGGGUUUAUUGGGAUCUUUACAGUGACCACCUUUCUAUGGCACUUAAACUCUUGACGGAUCAGGACUCGACACCAAGACGCACGAGCGACACCGCACUUAUCUGCACCAAUUUUGAUGUGGGCCGACGUCCUGAUGUCGAAAAGCUUGUGGUGGAUCGUCUGCACUGGGACUCAAUGCAUUGGGACAUGGCAUUUAUUAUGGUGGGUUUGAACGUCGAGGUACGGCCGUCAGCUUUUGGGCAAUGGCAUGAUAAUGUCUUGAGGUACUUUGAACAGAAACCCCCUGGUAUGGAAGACCUCUAG